AUGGUUUCCUUGGCUGGGGUUAUGACCAUGACAAUAUACAAAGGACCUGUUGUGAAAAACUUAGGGCAUCCUCUCAUCUAUAUCGACAGAGGGAAUAGUGUUGUCCACGAGAACUGGUUGAAAGGCUUGACUCUCACUGUUGUUAGCUGCAUUAGAUGGUCAAUGUGGUACAUCAUGCAGCACAAUCAGCUUUCUACACAACAACAACAACCCAGUAAAUCCCACAAGUCGAGUCAAGGGAGGGGAAUAGUGGUCUCUGGUUUAGUAGUCUACAUACAACUGUGGUGCACUGAGCAAAAGGGACCUGUUUUCGCAACGGUGUUCAACCCACUCUCAACCAUACUAGUUGCAGUUCUAGCAUAUUUCGUCCUUGGUGAAAAGCUCUACACAGGCAGUGAAAAUUCUGGCUCCGCCACUGGUCUCUGCCCUUUAUCUGGUGAGAAACAACAUGACUUCCAUACCUAA